AAAAAUGAUGGUUAAACUCAGAGUAUUCAAAAGGAAUGAUUAAUAUUGCAAGGGUUCUGUUCCGUAAGAUGUGCACUAUCUGUAGUAUCUUAGUUGUACUCGCACCAUUUAUCUUGUCGAACUAUAUUUAGAAGAUCAUGUGACAAAAAUGGUUUAUUUUUGGGAACUAACAAGAUACAGUUCUAUUCUGAGACAAUUUAUUUAAUAAAACCGGAUGGUACGACAAAUCGAGAUGACCCAAAACAAUAAUAUUUUGAUCAUGCGGAUGUAAAAACCACACCUCUGCGAUAUCGCGUGCAAGAUAAAAAUUCAAUUGUCGUUGAUAUUUGUGUUUUGAAGUUAUCUGUACCGAUAGGCUUAAUGUUGGAAGCCAGUUUUGUAUUUCGUACUUAUUCUGUAGCUCCUCCCAUUUUCAAUUGAUGAUGUAAGCACAUGGUCAAUGGGCGGAGCUUAUCUAUGCACAUUCGUCAGGAAGAGUGAUAACGGCUCACGAUUCACCAAUGGGUUCAGUUAUAUCUAGAGUGCUUCUGGAGACUUGACUGUCAUAGCUCUGCCUCACUCCAAGCAAAGAAAUCAUAGAAGAUACAUCUUAAUUUCUAACCACAAAUUCAAAAUGGGCUCAGCAUGUACAGAAACACCUCAUCUUGACAAAAGCAUUGAUUUCAUCAAAUCAAGAAUUGGUCAACCAGAUGAGAUCGUUAUUCAUGGAAAUGGACUCACUAUUCCCGAAGUUGUAUCUGUCAGUGAGGACACGACCAAGAGAGUGAGAAUUGAUGAUUCGGCUCACGAGGAAAUGAAGAAAAAUGCCGAAUAUCUCACUGAAAAGAUCGGAGAAGGCCUCGUCGUAUACGGCAUUAACACAGGCUUUGGAGGGAGCGCCGAUGUCCGUUCCUGGGAAAUCGAAGAGGUACAGCGAUCUUUGAUUCGUCACAGCAAGGUUGGAAUGGCUACGUAUUUUGAUAAUGAGGUCACAAGAGCUGGUAUGCUUGUCCGCGCCAACAGCGACUCCAGAGCGUACUCAGGUAUCAGAAACACAGUCCUCCAGCGCAUGGUUGAUCUCAUCAACCAUGAUAUCGUUCCCCGUGUACCCGAGCGUGGCUCUGUGUCUGCCAGUGGGGAUCUGAAUCCCCUCUCUUACAUCGGGGCGGCCAUGUGUGGUCAAGAUGAUUCAUGGGUAGUGGCUCAAGGUAAGCUCAUGAAAUCUCACGAAGCACUCACAAACGCUGCCCUCGAGCCAGUCACGCUUAGGUUCAAGGAAGGUCUUGCCAUCAUCAACUCUGAUUCUUUCAGUGCUGGCAACGCCGCAAGAUGUGUCUACACAGCCAAUGUUAACGCCCUCUUGACACAGGUAUGCGUCGCCAUGGCAGUAGAAGCCCUUCAGGGGCGCACAGAGACAUUUGAUGAAAAGAUCCAAAAGAGGGUGCCACAUGUAGGACAAAAAGAAGCCGCUAGCAAUAUUAGGAGACUCAUUAAGGGCAGCCGAUUUGCAAGAACCUCUGAGAGCAACAAUGUUGAAAGACAAGACAGAUUCGCCCUGAGAAGCUCUCCACAAUGGCUGUCACCUAUCUUAGAAACCCUACAAGAUUCAAUGAGGCGAAUGAAAAUAGAAAUGAACUCUUCAAAUGAUAACCCAAUCAUUGAUCACCGUACUGAUACUGUCCUUCACGGUGCAAACUUCCAAGGUAUGACCAUGUCAGUAGCAAUGGACCAAACAAGGCAAUCCAUGCAGCUCUGUGGUAAACUCAUCUUCGGCCUCAUCCAAGAAUGCAUCAACGGUAAGCUCAACUACGACCUGCCGGCAAAUGUUGCAGGCAUGGACUGUAAUGUUGACUUUGGCUUCAAGGGGGUUGACAUCGCCUCCGCUGCUUACAUGUCCGAGAUGGACCAUACUGCUAAUUACACAAGUACACACGUGUUGUGCGCUGAAACACACAACCAGAGCAUCAACUCAUUAGCUCUUGUAUCUUCAAGACUCACAGACAAAGCCUGCCAUAUACUCCGACUACAGAUCACCAACCACCUCUUUGUUGUGUGCCAGACCAUUGAGCUCAGAUGGCUUCAGAUCCGCAUGAAGACCGUGCUGAACAACAUCAUCAACCAAUUUCCGGAAACCGAGGAUGCCCUGGAGGAUAUUCCAUGGUGGGACUGUAUCUACCAUGCCAAGAGCACUGCAGAGGAGGUUGCGGCAGUAUUACCCGACAGCCAGAAGGAGAAAUUCUCCAAGCAGUUGUUGGAGAAAACCUCUGAACUAUAUGAAAAAGUGUCGAAUGAUUAUCAAACAAUUGCUGAAGACCUUGGGCAAGGAACUAAGAAGAUGUACCUCUUUAUCCGUGAUGAACUAAAAGUUCCAUUCAACCGCGGACAGAGGGCGCUAGACGCGGAUCUCGAAACCAUAUUCGCAAGCAUCAAAUCUCGCAGGAUCGAAGAGGUCCUGGUUUCGAUAUUUCAGGAUUAAAUAGACAAUUGAGUUGCGAAAUGUAUUUAUUGUUUCACCCAAACUUUGAGCAGUGUCCAAUAGAUCGUAAGACCUUAUUUGGCCUUGUUUAUUGCCUCAGUAUGGUAAGGUUAGAGGCCAUUAUCUUUGGAAUAUUAUCCGUUCAGAAUGGCAUCAACGUUGUUGAUGUUAAUGUAAAUAGUAAAAGUUGGAAAAUCUUAUUCAUUGUUUCAUUUGUUUUAACUUGCUGAAUAUAUUUGUACAUAACAGUUUAUGAAUAAAAAAUAAAAAAAAAUAAUAUGAUAUCAACAUAUUUUGUAUAUUUGUU